AUGGAGAUGGAAGAAGAGAAGGAUCUACCGUUGGUACUAGGAAUCCCUUUCCUUAGCACAGUUGGAGCCUCAAUUGAUUUUCACAAGCAAGAAGUGAUUCUCCACAAGGUGAAUAGUUUGGUGUCUUAUCGCCUACAGCCUAGAGGAUCAGAGUAUUGUGGUACCGUUGAAAGCACACCUCUGAGAUCCAAGAGUCCUGAAGUUGCCAAGGUUGAAAAGGAAACAAGACUUGUGCGCAAUAAGGUUGAGAAGGACAAGGGAGUUGAUAAAGAAACAAGGCUUGCGAAACCACGCCUUGAGAGGCCAAGAGUUGAGCGACCACGUUCUGAUAGGCCACGAGCUGAUAGACUUGUCCAAGCGCCUUGUGUGCUUGAUGAAGAGAGCCUUCAAGCUUUCUUUGAUGAGCCACUAGGAAGGGCUCUAAAGGAAGGGGAGGAUGUAGCCUCUAAGGCAAGACCAGGUGAUAAGAGAAAAGAUCCACCAGCUCAGGCCCCUUCAGUCAAGCCAUCUCAGCUCACUAUGACCUUGUUUCCCACCAAGUAUGAAUAUGGGAAGAUUGAAUACAAGAUAAGGUACAAGGGGAGAUCAAGACCUUUCUCUAGAGCCAAGGCCUUGGUCACUUCAGAGAAAUCCAGGGACCCAACCAAGCUAAAGGAGCUCCUAUCCCAAGUCCUCACUAUCACCCUUGAUGGUGGGACUAGCUCAACCAAUGCCUAA